AUGGACAACAUUAGAGCUGCAGUGGAAUAUGUAAGAAAUCUUCUUGCACCUGUACUUCCAGAAAGAAAUCGUAAAAGAAGGGCUCUAGAUCCACUGGAAACUCUAAUAAGUCCAAAAUUCAGAAGAUUUUCUGACAUGUCUAAAGACUUUAUAGAUUUGGAUGAUGAGCGUUUCUUCUUGAACCCUAGACCAUCCAAGAGAUCCCCCUCCUUCAAAACUCCUCCUAGUCGAUUAGGUAGUGGACACAUAGAUACAGUAAUCUUAGAUGAUGAAGAUGAUGAUUUAAUAGAAAUUAGGCCAGUACUGACUUGUAAUCAAAGUCGUCCCAUUUACACUAAAUUCACUUCUACCCCAGAAAACAAUACACAUAAAUCAUCUGUUAAUGGAACCUCCAACAGUGAUGAUAUAGUUUUUGUAAGAGAGAUGAAGAAUUUAAAUUCAAAAAAAGUAGAAUCACCUAAGCUUGGUUCAGGUUAUAAACCAUUUUGUGGAAAUUCAUUCAAAUUCAAGUCCCUUCAGAAUUAUGGGAGACCUAAAGAAAAGCCUACUACAAAUGGUAGCUUUCCUGAAAAAAAUAAUACCUCCAGAAGUAGCUUGAAUUACUCUAUAAGAUUAGAUGAUAAAAUGAAUUAUCAAAGAUUGAUUGAUUCUGCUGCUGGAUCCAGCCCACUUGAUAGAUCAGUUUAUUCCACCCCUUUGGGAAAAUACUUUGAUACUUUUGAUACAUCCAGUAGAGCUGGUAGAAUACUAAAUAUGACAAAAAAGUCACCAGUUAAUGAUGAUACAAACAAGGAACGAUUAUUGACUAGGGAUGCCAUUAAAAAAGUUCUACAUAAAUUUGAGGGUGAUACAGUUGUUCUAAAAGAUUCAGAUUCGGAUUCAGAUGUGAUUCUUGUUAAUCCUCCUACUCCAAAACCAGAUUUUGAAGUUGAACCUGUUAACAGCUUGAAGAAGAUUGUUGAUACUUCACAGCAGACAGAUCCUGGGUGGUUAACUGAUCUAUCAUUUCCAAAUGGAAAAAAGCAUAACAGAACAUCAUUUAUUUUUUCCGGCCAUAAGUUGGCAAAGAAACUUAGGACACAUAGGGUGCAAAAACACAGAAUUGCAGUACAACAGAGACAAACGGAAAUAGAUCUUUAUAGAAAAUGUUCAGAAAAACACAGCAAAAUCAACAAAGAUAUGCGUAUGGACAUUCUAACAGACAAGGUCAACAAAGCCCUUUUACUGAAAGAUGCCGUGCUCCCAGUUGAAGAAAUAGAAGAGGAAGUUGAUCUACCACCACUAACAGAUGCCCAUCAUAAGAUGGUCGAAAAAGCAUUCCGAGGGGAUCCUAACGAGAUUCUGGCAAGAAAAUUCAAUCUGAACAUAACGAGAAGGGAUCUCUUGACUCUGGCUGGACUGAAUUGGCUUAAUGAUGAAGUGAUAAAUUUCUAUAUGAAUCUUAUUAUUGAGAGAGGGAAAGAUUCCAAAUGGCCAAAGUCCUAUGCUUUCAAUACAUUCUUUUACUCUAAAUUGAUUAAAGAUGGCCCACAAUCUCUGAGGAGGUGGACCAAAAGGGUGGAUCUCUUUAGCCAUGAUUUGGUGUGUGUUCCUAUCCAUUUGGGCAUGCAUUGGUGUAUGGCUAUCAUUGACUUCAGAGAUAAAUCGAUAAGGUAUUACGACAGUAUGGGUGGCAACAACAAUAAAUGUCUCAGUGCACUUAGGAAUUACCUAGAAGCAGAGCAUCUCGAUAAAAAGAAAUCAGCUUACUCAACCUCCGACUUUACAUUAGAAAAUGUGAAAGAUAUUCCCCAGCAGAUGAAUGGAAGUGAUUGUGGCAUGUUUUCAUGUACAUUUGCGGAAUUCAUCACCAGAAAUUCCAAAAUAAAUUUCACUCAGGAACACAUGCCGUAUUUGAGGAAAAAAAUGGUGGUAGAAAUUAUGUCUGGAGAAUUUUUGAUUCAGUAA